AUGGGACCGUUUUCCUUUUCCCUCCAACUAUCAUGCACAGGAAAUGUCUACAGUAUAAGCAAGGUUGCCAUCACUAAUCGUGUAGACUGUUGCAAAGAGCGACUCAGAGGAGCUCAGAUUCGUAUUGGUAACAAGCUGGAGAACAACGGAAACAACAAUGAGCUGGCUGCAACUGUUCUCACUGUUCCUGAUGGCACAGUAGUGUUGGAGUUUGAGCCUGUUAACGGCCGAUAUGUCAACAUUUUUUUACCUGGGAACGAUGAAAUCAUCACUCUGUGUGAAGUCGAGGUGUUUGCAGAAGAGAACAAACCAUUGUACAUUUGUGUUCCAAGGAAUCUUGCUCUUGGAGGCAAAGCUGUUCAGUCUUCCACAUACAGUGAUUUAGGAGCUGCUCAAAAUGCUGUAGAUGGCAACAGGCAGUCAAGUUAUGCACUCGGCUCAUGCAGCGUGACUAACGGGGACAUGAACCCCUGGUGGAGAGUUGACUUGUUGGACGUCUACAGGGUAACCAGGGUUAGCAUCACUAAUCGUGGAGACUGUUGUGAAAAGAGGAUCGAGGGUAUUCAGAUCCGUAUCGGCAACAGCCUGGAGAAUAACGGCAACAAUAAUGAGCUGGCUGCAAUUGUUGGGCCCAUCCCACUUGGAAACACAAAAAUAUUUGAGUUUAAGCAUGUUAAAGGUCGAUACGUCAACCUUAUUGUGCCUGGACGCAAUGAGUACCUCACACUGUGUGAAGUUGAGGUAUAUUCAGAUUAAGUGGAACAAGAUGAUGUCACACCACAGUCCAAUGAUCCUAUAAGCAAAUUUAAUCAAACUACUGUUUUCUGAACAAUACGUGCACAUUUUCAUUUUACCUAUGCACCUUUAAUCCUUAAGAGCUCUUUCGGUGCACAUUCAGAAAAGGUUUGAAUGGUGAAGGUUUAAAGCUUUGAAAUUCUUAACUUCAGUUUGCUGCAGGUUGUGUAUUUACAGCCCGAACACACCCAUCUUUGUUCAUCUUUGCUUUCUAAAUAAAUUACUACAGC